AGAGAAGCUAUCGUAUUUAAAGAAAUGGGUGAGCUGCUUUAUUCAAAAAAUAUUGAACUUGUUCUAACUACUUCGUAUUUUGAUUUCAACGAACUUUUUGAUAUGAAGCCGUUAAAAACAGAAUGCAGGUAUACAAGAGAAAGCAAAGAACAUUUGCUUGUCAAUGAAGUUUCUCAAAUAUGUAUUCAUAAAAUAAAACGUGCAGCGUCUGAAAUGCUACUCAAAACAGUAGCUGCUAAUGAAAGAGUUUUCUUCCACUUUUCUGUUCUCUGGUUAACAUUCAUGAAAUGUCUAUUUAUGAUACUCAAAGAAAAAUUACCUCAAGUGCAUUUGGUAACCAAAGUUCUAUAAAAACUGUUGUCGACAACAACUGUAACGCAGAAAAUAACACUUUAGAGAAAUCCGCUUCUUCGCCGCACUUACCAACAUUAAAAAGUACAAAAAGUAGAGCGUUAUCUGAAGUUUGCGUGGAAUCAAAAAACGUCGAUGUUAGAGCAUCGCUGCCGUUGAUCAACAGUCUGUUGACUUUCAACGCUAAUAAUAUGGUUUAUGAUCAGGAUGUUUAUAAGAAAAAAUGCAUCAAAUCCUCGCAUAGAUUUUUUGUUCAAAAUUUGUCAUCAAACGUUAGUAAAAUAGAGUGCGAUGUUCUUAUAGAAGAUUAUUUAUUAACCACUCAAAGUUGUCUAACCGACUCAAGUUAUUCUUUUUCGAAGAACACCGAAAAAAAUAAAGAUGACAGUAAUUGUAAAACUUCACAAAAGAGAGGCAUAUUUACAAGAGUUUUUAGUUUUAUGAAAAAAAAGUUUUUUAAAUGUUAUAAGUAAUGUAUACAUUUAUGUACUUAGCUUAUGCAAAUAUUAUAAUAUAAACAA